GUUGUAAGAAGCGUUUGAGAGAGCUCCAUGAAAAUGUGUGAGCGAAAUCUUCUGAAUUCUGGCUAUGUUGGUUCUCUGAAUUGUCCUACCCCGGAGUCGUUGUAUUUUUCCAACUUGCGGAGCAAUGGAGCUCAUCUCUCCGGGCUGCAUCAGAUUUCCUACAACAGGCGAGAGGUGUGCUCGCUCCCGUGGACUUCCCCAAGUUCGUGCACAUCACCGCCUCAGAGCCGCGCCUUCAGUGGCUACUCUCCGCGGUUUCUACCCAAUUCAGUGCCUGUAAAUACUAAUCCCAACGACCACAACAAGGGACCACUUGACGAGUCCAGUAAAUACUACUUUCAGGAUGUAAACCACAACCCAGAACAACCUGCUAGACACGCGCAGGCCUUUUCUGGUGAACAUGGACUUAUCAGUUCCGACAGCUCGAAAUAUGAAUUUUCGAACUUGGACAGACGGUCACGUAAUUCCGGUGUACAACACGAACUGAAUUACGCCAACCAGGCAAUUGCCGCCGGCAUCAAGCAGUCGGCCAAUUCAAUUGCCCGAAUUCAACCAUCUUCAAGUAAUGAAUGUGCCAGAGCGUCUUUUUCUGAUGGUGCACCCUUGUGCUCUUCACACGUGAAACAGAGAAAGAAGAGAAAACCAUACACAAAGCCACAGCUUGCUGAACUUGAGAACGAAUUCACGAUGAACGAAUUCAUAAACAGGCAAAAACGGAAGGAACUAUCUGACAGACUGGACUUGAGUGAUCAACAAGUCAAAAUAUGGUUUCAGAACCGCAGAAUGAAGAAGAAGAGGCUGGUGACGCGGGAGCAUGCGUUCUCCAUGUACUGAGGGCCUUGGGUCUUGAAAGUGAACUCGUAUGGAUUCUGUUCAGACAAGCGCCACCACUUCAAACCUCAAAUCCUAUUUAUUUACAGAAAGUCACGUAUUAAAACUUGUGUUUUUGUAAAGCAUGCAAUUUAGGUUAGUACGAUACAUAUAUAAUUAUUUUGUUUAAUUACCCACUUAGUAUUUCUGAGCGUAUAACUCAGUGAUAAGGUACGCUCUUAGAAAAAAAGGGGUUUAUUGUGGUUCUAUAUAGAAACAAAUUAUGAUAUUAUUAUUUUUUUGCACUCACUAACUGUAGGUCGCUCUGGAUAAGAGCGUCUGCUAAAUGACUCAAAUGUAAAUGUGAAUGCUUAUGGGUUCCAUUUAUGAAGCAAGCGAUAUAACUCUUUUUGGUUCCAUAUGGAACCUUUUUUUCUAAGAGUGUAUAACAUUGUCAAUGUAUGAUUGUUGACAUUUUUAAAUAUAGGUAUGCGAUCGUUUAUUUUUCUGCAUUAUCAAAAUGAAUGUUGUUUAUAAUUUAAUCUCAGAAGGCUACAUGUAUAAAUUAUGUAGGCUACGUAUUGUAUUGACGAAAAAAAUGUAUAUAUUAUAGGGUUAGAAAUGUAAAUUGCACAUAUCUGUGGAGUGGACCAGUCAGGCCUGCCUAAAAUCAAACUAGGCCUACAGGAAUUGCUCGUCCAAGCUCAAGUUCGUUUAUGUCGGUGGAAUAAUGAACCAUGAAAAAGUGUUUGGGAUUAUUUUUUUUAAAGUGUUUGCAUGUCUAUCGUAUGGCUAUCUAUUUCAACACAAUAAAUGUGUUUUUGCCUUA